AUGGAUCUCAAGUCUGUUUCCAGCAGUAAAAGUUUUGGUGGUUACCAGAAAGUAUAUGAACAUUUUAGUCCUACAUUGCAAUGUAACAUGCAAUUUGGCAUUUACUUACCUCCUGGAGUGAGUGAAACUGAAAAAUGUCCGGUAUUAUUUUACUUAUCAGGUCUUACAUGCACUGAACAAAAUGUUAUCACUAAAGCAGGUUUUCAAAAAUUUGCUGCUCAGUACAAAAUAAUUGUUGUUGCUCCUGAUACUAGUCCUAGAAACUGUAACAUUCCUAAUGAAGAUGAAAAAUGGAAUGUUGGUUCUGGUGCUUCUAUGUAUGUCAAUGCUACCGAAGAACCGUGGAAUAAACACUAUCAGAUGUUUACCUAUAUAACUGAGGAACUCCAUCAACUCGUAUUGAACAGUUUCCCAGUUAUACAAGAUAAAAUAUCUAUUACUGGACAUAGUAUGGGUGGUCAUGGAGCAUUGUUAUGUGCUUUAAAAUAUCCAGGCAGAUAUAAAUCAGUGUCAUUAUUUGCACCUGCUUGCAAUAUUUCUAAUUCACCCACAUUAAUUGGUGGAUUGACGACAUUAGUCGGAGAGGAAAAAGAAAUUUUGCAAAACUGGGAUACAACUUUCUUAGUAAAAAAUUAUAAUGGCCCUGAAAUGGAAAUAUUAAUACAUGUGGGUAGUGAUGAUGAAUUUUUAACAAAAGAUUUACUAAUUGAUAAUUUUGUAAAAGCUGCCAAUGAGUGUAAAGAUAAUAAAAUCAAGACCAAAGUAUUUCUUGUAGAUGGCUAUGAUCAUGGAUAUUAUUUUAUAUCAACAUUCAUUGAAGAACAUUUUAAAUUUCAUUCAUCUAAAUUGUCUUUGUAA